AUGGCAAACUACGCUGAUUAUUUGGCCCAUUUCAAUUUUGACAUAGUUUAUAAGCCAACUAACCUGAAUACAAAUGCUGAUUACUGUUCACGAAUUCCAGGCAAAUUGGAGCAUUCCGAUAUCGACAGCCUGCCUCUGCGCGAGGGAGGAAAUAGCGAGGAUGAUUUCGGACUAUUCGCUCUUCAUCAAAUGCAGCAGCUACCAGUGCGCGCUGAACACAUAGCACGAGAAACACGUAAGGAUUUACACCUCGGAAAAAUCAUACAAGAACUCGAACUGGGCCGUAAUCUAGCUCAACUAGGAUAUAAGGCUCCAGAAGCAAAAUACACUAUUGUUGCCAACUGCUUGCUAUUCGAGCAUCGCGUAGUAAUACCGCCCACUCUUCGUCAACCCAUUUUGAAUGACCUACACGCAGCGCACAUCGGAGUGGUGAAAAUGAAAGGACUAGCACGUUCAUUCGUUUACUGGCCUGGAAUCGAUUCAGACAUCGAGUGUAUGGUAAGAUCAUGUACAGAAUGCGCACGUCACGCACCUGCCCCUGCGAAAUUCAGUAACCACCACUGGGAGUAUCCAAAAGGUCCAUGGGAGCGUAUUCAUGUGGAUUACGCUGGCCCGGUAGCGGGAGCAAUGCUGCUGAUAAUUGUCGAUGCAUACAGCAAAUGGUUCGAAGUAAAAAUCACCCAUUCUACGACGACAUCCGCCACGAUCAAGAUACUGGAUAAUGUAUUCACUGCAUACGGUGCCCCUAUCACACUGGUGUCCGAUAACGGGCCGCAGUUUACUGCUGCAGAAUUUCUGCAACAGUACCGAAGAGCACCUCAUGCUGAAACUGGAGAGUCACCGGCAAAACUGUUCCUUGGUCGGAAUGUUCGAACACGACUUGAUCUGGUUAGACCGCAGAAUCUUAACACUAAGAUUUCCGAAAAACAACAAGCAGCCUUCGAUCCUUCGUUCCGGUCAUUCGAAUUAGGGCAACACGUCUAUGUUCUUUCCGGAAACCCCCGAAUGGACAAAUGGAUUUCGGGAAUAGUAGCUGCCCGUUUAGGAGACCUGCACUACGAAGUGGUUUACAAUGGGAAACGUCUGAAACGUCAUGUAAAUCAAAUGCGAAGGUUUGACGGCUGUACAAUCAGUGAUAAUGGUACAACAGGUGUGGCAAAACGACGAGUGCGUUUCUAUGGAGAUACAAUGACGUCACCGGAUCAGCGAUGCAAUUCACCUUGCAGUACUUCGUUGGAACGUUCGUCCGUUUCUACAAGCUCACCAGAUGCCCGAUUCCUGACUCCUCGUAGCAGUCCAGAGCAGCAUCAGGAAAGUUUACCGUUCAUUUUACGUCGCUCAGACAGACCACGCCGUCCCCCUCUUAGAUAUUCACCGUAG